CGGACGAACCGAGAAGUGGACGUCCACGAACAUCUACUGACGAAGGCACUACCGACGUGGUGCUAUCAAACAUAGUCCCCUGUGUAUGGAGACUUUUGAGGCCAGGGUUUCGCUGGAAGACACCCACGACAGAGACAUAUGGAGAAAAUUGAUUCGCUGUGGCAACCCCUGAACUAGGGAAAAGCCGAAAUGAAAAGAGAGCGAGAGAGAGAGAGAGAGUAUGGUGACUUUUGAUGUUUUGGUUUGGGUUUUUUUUUUUUUUUUUCAAUAAAAGAGAAAUUAAAACAGGUAGGCCUACAUUAACGAGGUACAAUUUCUAAAGUGUUCCAUUUAUGACGUACACCAUAGCUAGUCUGUAGUUUUGAACAGCAAAUAGGAGCGAGAUAAUCAUGCGAGAUCAGGAGAGGUGCUGAUUGCAGACGGUAGGAGACGCUGGUGUUACUAAGAUCCACAAUAGGUGAGCUUCUAUAUACAGUCGGCUAUAUAGGCCUAUAUAUAAUAUUAUACAAUGAUUUAUCAAAUUAUAUAGCCUAUAUCAUGACAUAUAUUAUACAAUUACAUUAUAUUAGCCUACAUCUUUUGUACUUUUAUUGUCUGUUGCAUGAUAUUUCUGUAUGUGUGAACUCUUCUACCUAAAUCGUCAAUUAAGGACUAAUUUGACGCAAUAAGGAUUUUUUCUCCAAUUGCAGUUUAGUUUGGAGGAUUUGGAUUAGUAAGCAAACACUGAGGGCAAAAUCCAGUACAGUUCAAGAUUAACUGAAUUAAAAGAAUGGAACUAAUAAAUGGUCCUUUUGUCCCAUACAGCGAUAUGUCAGUUUCACGCUAAAUUACAAUAUUUCUUUAUGCUUUUAACUUAAUAGUAUGAAAGAAAAACAUCUUAGUAGCUACUGAACUUUCCAAACAAACAUUUAGUCUUAGAUGUUGGAUCAUUUCUUUUUCAUUCUUUCCUUCUUUCUUUCUUUCUUUCUUUCUUUCUUUCUUUUUCAAGGCAACUCUGUGUAAAAUAAAAAGAAUUUGCUAAUGUUCAAUAUUUAUACCUUCUACUACACAUAUAAAAUGAAAGUUGCUUUCCUGAAAGCCAUUCCGUGCUCCAGUGAGUUCGCAGUUUACAGUAAGAGCACACGCACAAGUCUGUUUCAGUGACAAAUCUGCAUUCUCAAAAUGAAGUAUGGUUAAAUGGCAUUGAUCUUUAAUUAAGGAGGCCUACUUCUGAAAGCUCUCGGCGGAAGAGGCUGAGUGGGCGGAGUUACACGGCACAGCCAGCGCAUUGGCGCACUAUUUCUAUAGAAGAGGAGAAAGUGUUGAUGCAGGCUUGACUUAUUCUGACACAUUGCUUGUUGAUUGGCCCAGAAGGAGUUUCACCACAAUUAAGCCAAAGUAAAGGUGGAAGACUGCGUCAAUGCGUCCAGUGAAAGCCAGGGUUUGCAUCUUUAAAAUAAUAAUUAUUAUUAUUAAAAACGACAGCAACAAGAACUGUGACAUCUAGCCCACGCACCGUCUACAUUUUUGGAGCAUUUUUGGAACUACAUAUUUCUGAUCAGAAGGUUAUAUAAAUGUUGUAAAUGGCGAGCGACAACUCUUCAUUCUUAAUACAUAACAUUUUGAAUCGAGGUCUUGAUUCUCAAAAAACUAAUCGACUGUCCCGGGAAUACAGCGACGAACUUGUGAAGGCAGAGCUGCUCGGGAGGGUAGCAGGAAUAAGCUGUCCCGGAUCCACUGAUGGAAACAGAAAGGGAAGCAUCGUGUACGGACAUAGCAGGCUCGCUCCCUGUGCGCUCGACCUUGACACAUCAUCGGACAGACAGUCCUGUGGAGAGGAGUCUACAGGAGAGGAGACAAUACAUAUAGAAAACAGACAAAAUCUUGAUGUGCAAGUUCCAGAUUUGGAGCGAGAGAAGAGGGAGAGCUGUACUUUUGCGGAUCAUCACCCGAAAGCCAAUAAGAAGCGGUGCCGCGCCGCUUUCUCGCACGCGCAGGUGUGUGAGCUGGAGCGCCGCUUUAACCUGCAGCGCUACCUGUCCGGCCCGGAGCGCGCGCACUUGGCGGGAGCGCUCAAACUCACCGAGACUCAGGUGAAGAUCUGGUUCCAGAACCGCAGAUACAAAACGAAACGGCGACAGAUGGCGGCCGAGCUCGCAGCUACCUCGGCGUCCACACUGGCCAAGCGAGUGGCUGUGAGAGUGCUAGUGAAGGACGACCAGAGGCAGUACGGAGCGGAUGAUUUCCUCCCGCCUCACUAUAUGCGCCUGUACCAUUCUUAUCAGUGCUGCCCUUACAUGUACUGCGUUCAGCCCUGGAUCUCGAACAGCGCGCUCAAUGGAAACCUGUACUGACACCUUCCUCUGCUUCCCACUCACAAGAAACACGGGUUUUUUUUUUUUAUUCAAAAUGAUUUUAGGACACUGGAGAGCGCGUAAUUUUGUAAGCUAAAUGGUUGGAGACUCCAAAGAUAUAAUGAUCUUGAACGAUGGCUUUUGAUUUUGUUCUGACAAAUGAAAGCAAAUGAUUAUGUAUUUAAGAGAUGAAAGUAAGUGGCUAAAUUUUUGUUUGUGACAGCUACAAUAAUUGAUAAAAAUCGAAUUUUGUAUGCCAUUUGUGAUUUAUUUCUAUCACCCUUGGUUAAUAAUGUACACUAAUGAUCCGCUGUCAUAUAAAAAGUUUACUCUGCACACUGUACCUCGACAUUGAAUGAACUGGGUUUUCCAUCCAAGUUGGUUUAUUUGAAGUUUGACAUAGUUAACCAAUAAAUAAACCUAAAUCACAGUGAAAGUCUAUGUCAAAUGUCACUUUAUAUGGUUUAUAGAAAACUUACACGAUGAGUUACGUUGAUGAGGUAGUAAAAUGAACAGUGGACAAUUUUAGUCCUGAUAUUCUGUUGCGCUUUAGGCAAAUUUUAAGCCUCUUAUCCCUGCUAAAACAAAUGAAGAAGGAUGAGGUUUAAAUCGGGUAGAAAUACAGAGUUAGCUCGUGGAUUUAGCAUAUCCACUGAAUAUAUAAUAAGUCAUUGUAAAUAUUGCAUACACAAGCCUGAUAAAGCCACUCAUUUGCAUAGACAGCAAUAAUAAAAUGGAAGCUAAUUUGAAUUUAUCAUGCACUAUAGACAAAAGAACAUUGUUGAACACAGCAUUAAAUGCAGUGACAA